AUGCAUCUCCCAGCUUUGACCUCCUUGCUAUUGGGUAGCAGUACGACUGCUGGCCCCAAUCUGAGCAAGCCAUGGUCUACAUGGAUGGCUUCAUCUUUCUUGUCGAAGAGCCAGAACAUUGACAAUCAUUACGUCGCCGCAGUCAUCCACGAAGGCAUCCAGAAGGCUGCAACCACACAGAACGACCGCGCCCUCCUGAAGUAUGCCUCCAACGCCGUGUCUUCCAUCGUCUCAGCCGACGGUACCCUCAAGGGCUGGAACUCGACAUUCUACACUCUGGAUGACAUCCGUAUUGGAAACAACAUGCUCUACUUCUGGAACUCAGAAGGCCGCAAAGACAACAAAUACGUCAUCGCGGCCAAGGGUCUUCGUGAGCAGCUCAACCGAUGGCCUCGUACUCCCGAAGGAGGAUUCUGGCACCGUGCCCCUGUAUACGCAAACCAGAUGUGGCUAGACGGUAUCUACAUGGCUGAUACCUUUUACGCAACCUACACAUCCUACUUUGAGCCUCAAAACAUCACCGCGUGGAACGACAUUGAGCUGCAAUUCGAUCUCAUCGAGGAGCACUGCCGCAACUCAACUACCAACCUUCUCUACCACGGCUACAGCGAAGACAAAUCAACUGUCUGGGCAGACCCUGAGACAGGUGCUUCCCCUUACGUAUGGGACCGUGCUCUGGGAUGGUACUUUGUCGCGCUUGUCGAGGUCUUGGAGGUCUGGCCCAAGACCCACGCCGGCUAUUCCAAGCUCCUCAACUACUACAAGACGCUCGCCUCUGGCAUCAAGAAGGUCCAGGACGCCAAGGGCGGAUGGUACCUCCUUAUGGACCCAGAGCUUGCUGGAAGGGAGGGCAACUACAUUGAGUCGAGUGCAACUGCCAUGUUCACUUACUCAUACUUGAAGGGAAUUAGGCUGGGACUCUUGGGCAAGGAGUACAAGCAGCCGGCUACCAAGGCCUGGAAACUGUUGCUGAGUGAUUUCAUCCAGUUCGAAAAGAACGGCACAUUGAGCUUCACGGGCACCGUGACAGUUGGAAGCUUGAAGGGCGAUGCCUCGUACGAAUACUACACCGGUGUUGAGAAGCUGGUCAAUGACGGCAAGGUUGCAAAAAUGUCCCUCACACCCUCCGCCACAUCCAGCGCCCCAAGCGCCAGCUCCAGCGCAGCCUGCAGGCAAGCAGACUUCACCCAGUUCCCGACGGGCGAUGCGGCUUGCGCCGUCGGCAGCAUCAGCGGCGUGCCCUCCAACACCACCGACGUCCUCUCCAAAUGCUGCAAAUCCGCUCCCGUCGAGGAAUUCAACGGCGCAUGUGGAUACUACUGUCUGAGCGUCGAGCAGACGAUUCGCGAGCUGCAGACGUGCUUUAUGGAGAAUGGAGCUAGGCCAGGCGAUAUUAUGUGCAAUUCGAAUAAUAGUGCUACUGCGACGGGGACGCCGAGUAAGACUGCUAGUGCCAGUCGCACGUCGGGGAGCGGGGCGAGUGCGACUGGGGAUUCGAAGGGGGCGGCGCCGGCGGUUGGGGUUAGUAAGGUUGGGCUAGGGAUGCUGGGGAUGGUGAUUGUUUCGGCGCUGGGUGGUGCGCUUUUGUGA